AUGCCUACAGCCGUCCUCCAAUCCCUUAACGAGGACGAGCUUUCGAAAGUCUUGUCGUCGCCUCCCUUCGUGCAAGUUGAGGGCAUCAUCAAUAUAAGGGACUUUGGAGGCCACAGCACCUCUGCAGGUGUGGCUGUCAAGCCAUCCUACCUGUUCCGGUCUGGGGAGCCCAGUCACAUUACGCAGAAAGGCAUGGAGCAAUUUCAAGCGCUUGGCAUCCGCAAGGUCUUUGACCUGCGCGCGGACGCGGAGAUUGCAAAGUAUCGGACACCUGACGUCAAGAUCGAGGGUGUCGAAUUUGUGAAGCUCCCGAUCCUCGCAGAUGCAUUCGAUCCUGUGGCGAUAGCGCAGAUGCUGAAGAAUUUCGCCACCGAUGAAUCUGAAGCUUUUCUACAGCUCUAUACCACAAUACUAAACCACAGUGGCCCAGCCAUUGAAACAAUCCUCCGUCACAUCCGCGACCACCCAGACCAGCCCUGUCUCAUCCACUGCACAGCCGGAAAGGACAGGACCGGCGUAUUUGCUGCUCUCAUAUUAAAGCUCCUUGGCGUCAGCGACGAAAUCAUUGCUGAAGACUACGCGCUCACCACUAUAGGAUUGCAGCCUGCACUGCCCAUGCUGACCGCCCGCUUCGAGAAGGAGCAGGUAUUUCGUGACAACAAGCAAGGGACGAUCAAUAUGGCGACGGCGAAGCCACAGGCAAUCAUCAACUUGCUUGCUCUCAUCGAGCGCCAGUACAGAGGCAUCGAAGGCUAUCUCAAGGCGCACACUACCUUGGGCGACCGCGAUCUGGACGUCAUCCGCAACAACUUGCUUAUAACACCCGUUCCCCAGACCAGCACCGAGAGUUUACUGUAGAUGCGCGAUUAUGGAACGAUCCUUCAUAAAGUCGUGCGUGCUAAAAAUGGCUGUAAAAUGUCCAGGCUGUAGACGAGGUAGGCAGCUUGUAUGCUCCGAUCACAUCAUCAAGACAGUAGUUGUAUAUCCUCAUGAAUGUAGCACAAUUCAUAACAUUCGUCAAGGA